UGAUUGAUAGAUCAGUUAUACCAACUACCAGAAAGUUUAGUUUGUUACGUCAUUCGUCGUAAGGUGGAAGGUUAAAUCUUACUUUCUAGAUAAUCCUCCAGAUACAACAUUUUGAUUAAAAUGAUAAGAAGACCUCUAACAGAAAUUACGCUAAAACUAGAGGAUUUGCAAGAAUAUGAAAAUUUUCGGAGAGAUGAAGCUAACAAUACUGCAGUGGCAUCAGAAAUGCAAGAAGACACUCCAAAAUCACAGGCAGGGGGAACAAAAACAACGGAAGAAAUUCAUAACAGAAUCGGCUAUGCACCUAAGAAAAAGCCUAGCGGCCCAAGCACUGUUUAAAAUUAAAGAAUAUUCGUAAACGACAGAGUUUUUAUUUUAUCAAGUUAGAUUGAUGUAUAAAUCAAUAUGUAAUGGUUACAAUUCGAGUAUCUCAGCAAAUUAGUCAUUAUAGCUACAUGU